ACUUCUAUUAUUCUCUCUCCCACAUUCUUCUCCUGGUUUUCUUGAUCUGGUUCUCUCUCUUGCUUCCCUGAACUUUAUGGAAACAAGCAGAGCUGAGGGAAAGAGGAGCUCGAGGUACAGGAAAAAAGAAGAGGAGGAGGAGGAGGAAGACGAAGAGGAAGAAGUAGAAGAAGACGAUGAAGAAGAGACAGAAAGUGAACUUGGCUCUGGAGAAGAACAUGGAAGAAAGAGAAGAGUUAUGUCAAAUACAUACAGCAGGAGAGGCCCCAAACCAGGAAGCUCAUCGGCGGCGCCACCGUCUUGUCAGGCCGAUGACUGCCAGACUGAUCUGAGCGACGCCAAACCGUAUCACCGGCGGCACAAGGUCUGUGGGUACCACGCCAAAGCGCCGUUCGUACUCGUUUCAGGCAACGAACAACGAUUUUGCCAGCAAUGUAGCAGGUUUCAUGAGCUUUCAGAGUUUGACAACUCAAAAAGGAGUUGUAGAAAGCGUUUGGCAGGGCAUAAUGAGAGAAGACGAAAGGUUUCAUCUGAUUAUCAUGGAGAAGGUUAACAUUAAUUAAUUAAUUAAUUGAAAUCUCAAUAUGUAUAUUAUAUAAUUGAGAUAAACUCAUCGAUGACACCAUCUUCGUAUUGAAAUUUAUGUUAUUGUCCUCCUUAGAUGCUCUCUCUCUUCUGUCAAUCUCUUUAUAAGAGCUUUGCAAGGAACAAUAUUAUUAUUGUUAUUAUUUUAUGUGCAUGAGUAUAUUUUCAUC